AUGACCGAAGAGCGGGUUACCAUCGGGAAAGCAUUCUAUCACAUCGUACACGACCCGUGGUUCAACGGCCCUGUCAAUCUAUUAGGAACAUGGCUAGCAAGCUUCAGCCUAUCGUCUCCACCCGCCGUCAACAACGGCAGCGAUGUAGAAGGCAUUGCGCGCGACAUCGAAGCUGCAGCUGCAGACGCUGGGUUCUUUCCCACCACGACGCCUAUCACUCAAGAUGCAUCACCAAUUGACGCGAUCUUCAUACGCUUUCACUACGACGACCAUCUGCACAAGCCGACACUACUAACGUUCGCGCCAAGUAUACCCGUGUUCGCGACAACGGAAGCAAGCGCGAUCAUUCGCGGCUGGAACCACUUUGACAACAUCAUGACCACCCGAGACCUAGAGCCGGGUAUCUUCGAGGGCGACUGGACAUCGCUGCAUCCAGGCAGCCCGCUACCUACCUGGCUCACGGUCUUCCGAGCCCGCGGUCACCAUGAGCUCAACUUCGUGAGCGCAAUUAUUUACACGCCUUCACCAGACACACACGAAGCGGUAUUAUACUCCCCACACGGGAUGCGUACCUCUCAGGAGUCUCUACAGACUCUUUUACAUAGGUCAACACCAGACUUCAACGUGCUUGCCCUCCUUCACGGGCUCAAAGAGAGUUGGACGUUCAACUGGCAGACCACGUUCGGCGUUGCAACCGGGUUAGAAUUGCAAAGGCAGACGGACUCAAAGUACUGGAUUGUUACACACAACUCGCCACUGAGGUAUCGAGGGCUGUUGUGGGUAAUCGUUACGGAUAUUUCCCGGACGUUGGAAUGGGCGCUGGGCAAAGAGAAGGCACCGGAUUCAGAAGAGAAGAAGAUGAAUGUAGUUAACGUAGAGAACGGAGAAUUCUUCAUACUCAAGUAG